AUUAAGUCUCUUGCUGCAGUGACACGACUGGGAGCCAUGGACCUGGUCUGGGAGCGAAGGCCUAGGAUUGUUUCAAAAAAUGGCAGACAAACCAGGCAUGGGGGAUGUCGCCAGCUUCGAUAAGGCCAAGCUGAAGAAGACGGAGACACAGAAGAGUAUCCUGCCGACCAAAGAGACCACUGAGCAGGAGAAGCAAAGUGAAAUGUCCUAAGAACCGGAGGAUUUCCACCUCCGGCAUCUUCGGGAGUCCCCUGCGGUGUGGAGAAAAGACCACCUGCAAGAACAAACGAGCCACAAACUGCACUGUGAACCAGGACACUCGGAGCCCAUACCAUUGACCUGUGCGUCCCUUAGGGGACCCCCUUUCCCCCAUCGAACUGCCAAAUUCUCCAGUUUGCCCUGGGAUAUUGUAGAACAUUAUUCGUAUGAUUAAUGGAAUAAAACACACCUCGUGGCAAAA